AAUCUGGUUUGCUUUGUUUACUUUCGUACCCCAGCCAUGCCGCUCAGCUCCCACGAGGUAGCCCAGCUCAGGAUCGCGCUGCAAGAUGCGGUGGUGAAAUGCUCCGAGCGAUGCCUGUAUCAAUCGGCAAAAUGGGCAGCCGAGCUCCUCAAUGCGGUUCCUGAGCCGGCGGAUGGGGAAGAAGAGGCUGAUGACCCCGAGCCCGGCAAACACACCUCACCCAUCUUUGCGCCAAAUCAAGAUGCUGGCGAGGCUGCCCUGGAGGCCAAGGAGCUGAGCAGGUACCUCCUCGCCAAGUCGCUGUUUGACUGCAAGGAAUAUGACCGCUGUGCGGCCGUCUUCCUGCCGGACUCGUUGCUGUCCACCGUUCUCGACUCACGCCUCGAGAAGCCCCUGGCGACGCCCAAAGGCAAGGGCAAGUCGAGGGCGACGGAUGAGCCCAGCCUGAGCGCGGUGCCUCUACCCAAGCUCAGUCAGAAGAGCCUCUUCUUGGCGCUGUAUGCCAAAUUCAUUUCUGGCGAGAAGCGCAAGAAUGAAGAGUCGGAGAUGGUUAUGGGCCCUCAGGACCUUGGCACCGUGGUCAACAAGCAGCUUCUAACAGUGGGGAGGUUUUUGGCUGCUUGGUUUGAGGAGAGGACGACGGAUGAUGAUGAAGUUGUCGGAAGCCAGGGCUGGCUGGAAUAUUUAUACGGCAUGGUGCUCGCUAAAGAAAAGAACGACGAGAAAGCCUUGGAGUUUCUUAUACGCAGUGUUCACAAGUACCCCAUGAACUGGGGCUGCUGGCUUGAGAUGACAUCUCUGAUAUCACGAGUCGAAGACCAGUCCGCAGGCCUUGCGAAUUCUCUCGAUCAACUCCUCUCCAUCUUCCCUACCUCCUCAUUUCUCCUCACAUGCAAUGCACUGUUGGCCUACCACGCAAAGGAUUUGAUGACCGCCGAGCAGCAUUUCAGCCGGCUGCUAUCACUCCAUCCCCACAGACUUGAUUCCCUGGACCACUAUUCUAAUAUUCUCUACGUGCUGAACCUGCGGCCAAAGCUUGCAUUUCUGGCUCACCUGUGUUCGAGCGUGGAUAAAUUUCGGCCUGAAUCUUGUGUCGUCAUCGGAAAUUACUAUUCGCUCCUGUCCAUGCACGAGAAGGCUGUGGGAUACUUCCGACGAGCGCUGACGCUCGAUAGGUCAUGCCUCUCUGCAUGGACUUUGAUGGGCCACGAAUACGUCGAGUUGAAGAACACACAUGCUGCUAUAGAAUCAUACCGACGAGCGGUGGAUGUCAAUCGGCGUGAUUAUCGAGCUUGGUACGGCCUCGGGCAAACGUACGAAAUGCUGGAAAUGCAUACGUAUUCGCUGUGGUACUACAAAAAGGCCGCAGGUCUCCGACCAUGGGAUGGCAAAAUGUGGAUGGCGGUUGGAUCGUGCCUCCAGAAAAUGGGCCGAGAGCGUGAUGGCAUCAAGGCCCUCAAACGUGCUCUGCUCGCCGAUGCGUACUAUGACGUGGGCAGCAGCUUUGGCAGCGGCGGGGAUCUGCUCGGAGCUCGUGGCGCCACUGGUCAAAUGGACCCGGAGAUACUCUUGCAAAUCGCUACCAUGUACGACCAGCUUGGAGAAGAAGAGGAGGCGAAAGCUUAUAUGGAGCUCUGCGUGGCUCAAGAGGACGGAGGUCCGGCAGCCGCUGGGAACUUGAGCGAGUCUGUGCGCAUCCAUAACGACUCGCCAGGUGGCUCGGAAGGCUACCACGAGCGAGACGACAACCACGCAGAGGGGAAUGCCGAGGGUACCGGCGUCACGGCCGCGACCAGCAAGGCACGCAUGUGGCUGGCCAAGUUUGCCAUGCGCACUGCGGACUAUACCACGGCGAACCAGCUCGCCGCUGAGCUGUGCCAGGACGGAGUCGAGGUGGAAGAGGCCAAGGCGCUUGUCCGGGAGGUGAGGUCGAGGCUUGAGGCUUCUGGCAUGUUGGCAUCUGCAGGCUAGCAGCGGAUGCCGGAAAAGUCUAGACAGCGUCGAUUGUGAUUUAUGAUGUCUCUCAUGAUCGACUAUGUGGGUUUUUCUUCCUUUUUUCCCUUCCUCUCUUGUAAUGACUUGGAGGUGUAAGCAUGGCUGGCAGCCUUUUUCAUGAUUUUGAUACAUAUUAGCAUACAAUGAAACCAUCAGUAGCAUAAAAAUGGAACUAUCACGGAAUCUAG